ACCACCAUUCAUAAUAGCUAAUUUUGUGAGUUAAAGGAACGUCCAAACCUUAUUGUGCUUAGAAUCGUUUUAGAUAAAUAACUGUUUAGAAAAUAUUUCUAGUUCAAAAAUGUAGAUUAAAUACACUGAAGAAUGCAUAUGCAACAUUCUUUUCAGAUAGGUAGCAUUCUUCUCUUUUACCCGAUCAUCUGUUAGCUCUUUAAACGCGAUUGCACAAAACGUCAAAUUGACAGUGGCACAACAACAAAGCGUACAGAAAUCAAAACAAAUUCUCCAAUAUCUGGCUGUUUGCCACACAGUAUUUGCUCGUAACUCUUAUGAACGAAAUAGUAAAAGUAUAUUUAUGAUCUUAUUCAUAAGUAGUGCCAGUGCGUUAGUGCCGUUCGUUAAUCGAGCCUCCUGUUCAUCCAUUCAUUCGCUCGGACAGUAACGAUGCAAAACUAUGAACACACUAUCGAGGAGUUGACGCAACUGGCCCAGGAAAAGAUUGACCUCGGCGAAAAGCUGCUCAAGAGCCUUUCCCAGCUAAACACCAUCGAGGGUGUGAAGAAAAUUCAGAAGAAAAUCAGUCAAGAGCUAAAGUUUCUUAACCGCGUGAAAGCGAAUCGGACGGUUACCAUCAAUCACAUACUUUGCAGCAAUCUCACUCACUUCGGUUGUCUGGUGGACUGCCUGCUUGUAAGUGCCGACGUGAAACAUGUUGACUAUCCACUUCCGGUCGAGGAUCGUGCCUGUCCGCUGCGUGUCGAUAUCGUUUGCGAUGGUGGUGCUACCUGGAUCAAGGUGAUUGCCCGCAACCCCAAAUCGCUCAGCGAUGCUGUGUACGGACGAACGAGCUAUGGCUCGAAAUCGAUACUAGAACAGGCGGAAGAGUACAUUCAGGCUGCCUGCGACUUUCCCUACAUGUUCCGACCGCCCACGGUAAUAUUUCGCUUUCUGAGCAAGCUAGACAGCGAACUGAUCGAGGAACUGCAGCGGAUCGGCGUCCGUGUGGUGAUACUGACGGAAGAUUUAGACGAACAAACACGUAACGAUGAAACGGCGGCGAGUGGCUCCUCCGCGUCGCAGUCUCCAACCAAUCCAAAGGACGAGAUACGGUUGCUCAACGUGGACGUUACCACGCUCAUAGCGUACUGCAGCGCGAUGACUAACGGAUCGGCUCGAUGGGAAUUUAAACAGCCACUGCUCUCCGAACAGGCCCGUUGGGAGCAGGAUAAACCGGUAAAACCGGUGCUCGAGCGACUGUUUGAAGGCAAACGGUUGAUCUGCUGCCAGACGGCGUACGAUUCCUUCCACGAAAUCCUAUCGAUACUGGGCGGUGAGCAGGAGAAGGCCCGCGCCAACGAACUGUUCAAUCGCAUUCAUGUCCUGCCCGAUGUGCCCCUCGAGCAAGCCCCGAAGGAGCUGCAGAACUUAAAACUGGGUGGUAAGAUACGGCCACGAAGCUUACAAGUGUUUGCGUUUGGACUGUACCAUCGGGCUGUAACGGUUACCUCUAACGAAGGAUUUACGCGCGCCGCUAAAAUGCAGGGACUCGAAGUGCCCGUCUUCCUGCACGAUGCAAGGGCCCUGACGGAGGACAAGGAACGAACGGCUAAAGCACUGCCAGAGUGAACCCGUGCCAAUUGGAACUGAUCGAUCAAAAUAUGGAGUGAACACGGGAAUUCGCACACACACAACAGUCAGUCAAUAAAAACAA